AUGUCAAUAUCGAAUAGGGAGUCAGAACCGGUAGUGUCAAACGAUGCUUCAGCUCAACUUGACAUGAUGCAGGCGAAUUUGGAGUCAAACCUAAAAUGUUUGUCAUUGGAAGCAUUGAGGGUUGUCUGCAGAAGAAUGGAUGUAUCUGAUGUGGGCUCAAAUAAGGAGGUUGUGGCUAGGUUAGCAAGGGAAAGUAAAGCCUGGAUGGGGCCAGAAGAGGCUAUUGGUGAACCUGAGCCAUCCAAAAAAAGAAAGAAUGUACAGCCACAGUUUCUUGGGAAUCGAGAUGAGAGUUUUUCGGAGGAGCUUGAUGCAUUUCAGAGUGCUAGUGACAGGCCGCAGCAGUUAAGAGCAGUGGUAGAAAAUUCUUCUGACCCUUAUAGAAGGCAGGCAAUGUUUGGUUUAAACUUUGCAUAUAUUGGAACCUUGGACAAAAAAGCCCCAACUUAUGUCGUAAGAGUAGCAGACGAAGAUGAUGCUUCGGAUUCAAUAUCUGAGCUUUUAGGAAGUAAGCGUGAAAAAGCUAAGUUAGUAGUGCAGCAUUUUACAAAAGUUAAGAAGCCGAGAUCAGCUUAUCACCCUCGUUCUGAGCAGUCCCAAACCCAGGCCCCUAUCUUUCAUUUGAGCAGCAGAGGUCAGCACCUGCAAUAUGUUAGUUCGAAUAUUGGUCUGUCAUCUCCAAUAUGGCAACAAUCUUAUUUGCCAGCAUCCGCCUGGUCUAAGAAAGAGAGGUAG